GGAAGAGAAACUAGAAAAGGAGAAGAUCUGUUUUGUGCAUCCCAUUUACCUUCCACUGCCGUCUUCUGAGCGCUGGCCGGGUCUGCGGGGAAGUUUGCAGAGUUCUCCGGGGAGUCGAAAACAAAGAAGGGUCCCAGCGUCAGGUGGGCCUGCGGUGCGGUCAACUCGGCUGUGGUCAGGAGGAAGCCACAAAGCAGGUGAGUUACGAACGUCCAAUGUUCUCACAGUGGCCAACUAGACGCCCAUGAUGGGUAAAUCUCCAGAAUUCGAACUCAGGAUCCCUCUCUCCCCUCCUGCAGCUUCCAGAAAAUGGGAUUUGGAGGCAGGGCGUAGCCAUCCUGGGCUAUUAGCCAUCGAUCGCCCUCUCACUCCUCCAUGAAUUUUACCCAACCCUCUUCUUCUUAUUAUUAUUUAAAAGACAUCUGAAGGCAGCUCUGUUUAGGGAAGUUUUCAAAUAUUAUUGCUGUAUUGUUUUAAACACUUGAUUGGGAGCCGCCCAGAGUGGCUGGGGAAACUCAGCCAGAUGGGUGGGUAUAAAUAAAAUAUUAUUAUUAUUUUAAAGCCAUACAGGUUUCUCAUCCCAACUGGAUUUGGGGAAGCGGCUGCUUUUAAGGAAAGAGCUGGUGUGGUUUCUUAUUGUAAUUAUCUUUAUGGAUUUAAUAGUUAUCCUAUCUGUACAUCUUGUUUUCAUUCUAUCAACGUUUCGUUGUUUUCAAAGGACUGCUGCCUGCUAUGUUUUUUUAGCUAUUCUCAGUGCUUUUUUUCCUGGGGGGACGCAUACCCCUAAACAUUUUGUGAAUCUGAAUUUGGCCUCAUCGAGGGGCAGUAGCAAAAUGAGAGCACCCCCCUAAACAUUUUUUAAGGAAAAUAGCACUGGCUGUUCUUAUCUGUAAGCUGCCUUGAGACCCUGUCAGGGGGAGAAAGCAAGAUUUAAAUAAAUACGUAAUAAUCAUAGUAACAGUAAUAAUAUUAUAGAUUUGUAGCCAUCAUUGCAUCUGGUGGCAGGGAGUUCCACAGUUUAACUUUGAGCUGCGUGAACGACGGAAACUUCCAACAUUCCGCUUCAUUGAAUGCCCACCAUUUCUCAUAUUGUGAAAGAAAAAAAAAACUAUCCCAUAUAUUAUAAGGUCCCUUCAUUCCGCCUCUCACUUGCCUUUCCUCCACCGAAAAGCCCCCAAAAUUGUGUGGGGAGCUCCAGCUUCAACUACAGUGCUCCCCAAAACAGAAUAAUCGAACUGUAGGGUCACAUGGGCCCUCCAAAGGUCCUGCGUGAGUGUCUGGAGGUGGUUGGAGGAUGGAUGGCAGCUAACAGGUUGAAUCCUGACAAGACAGAAGUACUGUUUUGGGGGGACAGGAGGCGGGCAGGUGUGGGGGACUCCCUGGUCCUGAAUGGGGCAACUGUGCCCCUGAAGGACCAGGUGCGCAGCCUGGGAGUCAUUCUGGACUCACCGCUGUCCAUGGAGGCACAGGUCAGUUCUGUGUCCAGGGCAGCUGUCUGUCAGCUCCUUCUGGUACGCAGGAUGAGACCCUCCCUGCCCGCAGACUGUCUCGCCAGAGUGGCGCAUGCUCUGGUUAUCUCCCGCUUGGACUACCUUUGAAGGUGACCUGGAAACUGCAAUUAAUCCAGAAUGCGGCAGCUAGACUGGGACUGGGAGACCAUAUAACACCGGUCUUGAAAGACCUCCAUUGGCUCCCAGGACGUUUCCAAGCACAAUUCAAAGUGUUGGUGCUGACCUUGAAAGCCCCAAACGGCCUCAAAGGCCCAGUAGACCUGAAGGAGCACCUCCACCCCCAUCGUCCAGCCCGGACACUGAGGUCCAGCUCCGAGGGCCUUUUGGUGGUUCCCUCACUGCGAGAAAUGAAGUUACAGGGAACCAGGCACAGGGCCUUCUUGGUGGUGGCGCCCGCCCUGUGGAACGCCCUCCCACCAGAUGCCUUUUAGAAGACAUCUGAAGGCAGCCCUGUUUGGGGAAGCUUUUAAUAUCCGAUGUUUCAUCAUGUUUGUAAUAUUCUGUUGGGAGCUGCCCAGAGCGGCUGGGGAAACCCAGCCAGAUGGGCAGGGUAUAAACAAUAAUAAAUAAUGAAUUAUUAUUAGUAGUAUUAUUAUUAUCCCACCCAACCCCCAGCAAUGCAAAGGGGCAGGGCUGGAGGAGACGACCUCCGAGCCUUCAGAAAACCCAUUCACCUGGUAGACUUCUUUGCCAGCUCAUCUCCACGGCUCGGGGUCUGGGAAGGAAGCUGGGGGCCUGUUCUGCCGGCACCUGGUCGCAAUUCCUCGCCUCGCAGCAGCUGCAGAUGCUUCGAGGUCCCUCGACAGGAAGCCAGCUUUGGGGAGAAACAGAGAGAGCAUGAAAGAAAUUUGAAACACUUAAUUGAUGCAACAAAAAACAGCAUAAAAUACAGUAUAAAACGUAAACAACAAUAAAUUCAGAAUUCAAAAAUCAGUUUCAAGGGGGAAUCCAUCCAAUAAACACGAGAUGAUCACCAGGGCUAGCUGGCUGAAUUAGUCCUAUUUGGGCCAGCGAGGAGACCAGAGGAGAAUUAGCUGUGGGAUCCCAUAAAAAUCUUUAUAAAAAGGGAAGGAAGGGGAAUAAAAGAUCAGGUUAAGUUCAAAUUAAAGGCCAGGCGGAAUAGCUCUGUCUUACAGGGCCUGCGGAAGGAGGUUAAAUCCUGCAGGGCCCUGGUCUCCUGGGACAGAGCAUUCCACCAGGUCGGAGCCACCACUGAGAAGGCCCUGGCCCUGGUGGAGGAUAGUCUGGCUUCCUUAGGGCCCUCUAAACUAUGGUUAUUCAUGGACCUUAAUGUCCUCCACGGGGCAGACCAGGAGAGGUGGCCCUGUAAACAGUGAAAAGGGGGGGCGGAAUGUGUUGUGCGUCUCACAAGCGACUCACGUGCUGCUGGCAACGUCGAAGGAGCAAGCCUUGUUCCGGACAUCUGGCGUUUGGUCGGCUCGCGUUACCUUGAGGUGGCAAAUCACGUACAGCUGGAGGGGAGAAGGCAGGAGGUUAAAAAGGGCUUUUUGGGCAAACAGCAAGGGGACAGUGGCGACAGGUGUCAACCAACUGGUUGCAUCCUUAUUAAUUGCGUGAAUAUUCUGCCUUUUUCUCCAAAGAGCUCAACAAGACCGGCAUGGUUCCCCCUUUCCACAACAACCCUGCGAGGCAAGCAAGGCUAACCGGCUCCCAGUGAGCUUCUUGGCUGCGUGGGAAUUCGAACCCAGGUCUCCAAGGCCCUAGUUCUCAAUUGAUCCCCACCCAAAAACACCGUGGGAUAGAGUUGGGGCUGAGAGGCAGUGACCGCCCCCCAGGGUCACAUCCUGCGAGCUUCCUGGCCGAGUUGGCGCGGGGAUUCGAACCCAGCUCUUUCCCGUGUCCUAGUCCGGCACUCUAACCAUUGAACCACACUGCCUCUCUAAUUUUAGGGCUUGCAUACGGCACGGGACUCACGCAAUCGCUGCCCAUCAGGAGAGGCGGCAAACCCACCUUGACCCAAUCGGACCUCCAUUUAACCUACAACUGUUUGAUUUCUUUAGUUUAGACCAUUUAUAUAGCAUUUAAGUCAGUGGAUCCCCAACCCAGCUUCACUUGGUUCCAUAAAACCAUCCCCGAUAAAAAGACACACCACUCAGAAUAGCAGUCCGCAUGAUCCGCUAAGGGAGACAAUAAAAUUCAAGCCGUUCAGAAUUGCAAAAGAGAAUAAUAAUAAUAAUAAUGAUUUUUAUUUAUACCCCGCCGUCUCCAGCCAAGGCCGGGCUCAGAGCUGCUUACAAGCAAUAAAAAAAACAAGUUGAAUGAUUACAACUUAAAAACAAAAUUAAAAUACAACAUUAAAAUAUUAAAAUGUAGCCUCAUCGCAGGAGGAGAAGGAAAAGAAAAAAGAAAAAGAGGGAGGGAAUCAAAUUGGCUCCAAGCCAAAGGCCAGGCGGAACAACUCUGUCUUACAGGCCCUGCGGAAAGAAAUCAGAUCCUGCAAGGCCCUGGUCUCAUGAGGCAGAGCGUUCCACCAGGCCGGGGCCAGUGUUGAAAAGGCCCUGCCUCUGGUUGAGGCUAAUCUGACUUCCUUAGGGCCCGGGACCUCUAGGGUGUUGCUAUUUAUGGACCUUGAGGCUCUCCGUGGGGCAUACCGGGAGAGGCGGUCCCGUAGGUACGAGGGUUCUAGGCCGUGAAGGGCUUUAAAGGUCAAAACCAGCACCUUGAACCUGACCCUGUACUCCACCGGGAGCCAGUGCAGCUGGAAAAGCACUGGGUGAAUAUGCUCCCAUGGCAGAGACCCCGUGAGGAGCCUCGCUGCAGCAUUCUGCACCCGCUGGAGUUUCUGGGUCAGCUUCCAGGGCAGCCCCGCGUAGAGCGAAUUACAGUAGUCAAGCCUGGAGAUGACUGUCGCAUGGAUCACUGUGGCCAGAUCGGGGCGGGAAAGGUAAGGGACCAACUGCUUGAUGCGGCGAAGGUGGAAAAAUGUUGCCUUGGCUGUUGCUGUAACUUGCGCCUCCAUGGAAAGGGAGUUGCUGAACUUUGCAGAAUUGGGGAAAAUGGCAGAUUAAGAGAAAACGACAACAGUGGCUUUGAAAAAGAAUGGGAACCAUUUAUAUUAUACUUGCAGAAACAAAGAAAGUCGAUAGAGUUGAUGGCAGGAUUUAAAUAAACAUUCACAUUAUUAGUAUUAGAAAAUGUUUAGAAGAUAGAGAAAUAUUAUGGUGUUUUUGCUUUUACUUUUAGGUCUUUAGGUUUGAUGUUAUGUUAAUAACUUUUUUCUGAUGCGGAAGUUGGGGGAAGCCUAGGAGGGGAGGCAGGAAGGAAUAUAUGGUAAAUGUUAAAAAUUUGAGAUGUAAUGAAUGAAAAAGAAAAACAAAUAAAAAUUUUAAGAAUUGCAAAAACCCAGUUGAAGCAAUUUCUGACCCCCGCAGGUAACGCAGCUGCCUCCAGGGGGCAGCGCAGUCCAUUUUGCAAAACCCGCCUAGGCCAUCCUGUCGCCCUCCGGGCGCUUUGAACUAUAACUCCCAUCAGCGCCAGGUGGACGAAAGCUCUAGGGACGCUGCUCCCACAGACCCGUGGGCCCAGAUAAGGCCUCCCACACCGCCAAACCCCACCUGCUCACCAUAUUCCUGGAGUCCCCGGCAAACCGGAAGGCGUCCACCGUGAAACGUAGCGUCUCCUCUGAGACUCUGGGUGCGAGGAACGUAGACGAGACGCCCUCUUGCCUCCCGUCCACCAGACACCUGCGCCAAAGGGAGAAAUCGUCACUGACUUUAGGGACUGGAGGGUGGUGGAAAGUUGACUGUUUCCCCCAGUUUUCAUUCAUUUAUUAAAUUUAUUAAAUUUCAAAUUUAUUAAAUUUGUUGACCACCCUUCGGGUGAAAAGGAAAGGAAAUUCUUAUGGCAGAUUUCUGUUUCCAAUGACUCCUCGAGGUCAGCCUUUACACUAGAUUUCCCACCUACCUUUUCCCUUCCUUGGAUAAUAAUAAUAAUAAUAAUAAUAAUAAUAAUAAUAAUUUAUACCCCGCCCAUCUGACUGAGUUUCCCCAGCCACUCUGGGCGGCUCCCAAUCGAGUGUUAAAAACAAUACAGCACUGAGGAUACAGGAUCGAGAUUUUCUCGGGUUUUCCCCUGCGAUUUAACUGGGUUUUUUCCUUUUCCCAGGGAAAAGCUGCUCUUUCGUGCUAAAUCAGAGCAAACAUCAAUCCAGAAUUGCUUGUUUGUGCCGAUUGAGCGCUAAAGAGUGGAUUUUUCCAAAGCUGCAGGACAAAAGAAGGCUGGAUAAGACCUCUGUGAUUCUUUAGGCGUGUUAGGAAGCGCCAUUUGCCGCACACCGUGCUGAUGGGAGGUUUAAGUCCUAUCAUCAUCAUCAUCAUCAUCAUCAUCAUCAUCAUAAUUUAUUAUUUAUACCCCGCCCAUCUGGUUGGGCUUCCCCAGCCACUCUGGGCGGCUUCCUAAAAAAUAUUAAAAUACUGUAAUACAUCAAACAUUAAAAGCUUCCCUAAACAGGGCUGCCUUCAGAUGUCUUCUAAAAGUCUGGUAGUUGUUCUUCUCUUUGACAUCUGGUGGGAGGUAGUUCCACAGGACGGGUGCCACCACCGAGAAGGCCCUCUGCCUGGUUCCCUGUAACUUGGCUUCUCGCAGGGAGGGAACCGCCAGAAGGCCCUUGGUGCUGGACCUCAGUGUCCGGGUAGAUCGAUGGGGGUGGAGACGCUCCUUCAGAUAUAUCUGGAGAUGCCGUCAGGAAUCAAACCCAGAACCUUCUCUGCACACAAAACAAACGCUCUAUCCCCCAAGUCACAGACCUUAGCGGGGAAGAGGCUUUUCUGCCCGAGGCCUUUAGAUUGCUGGGGAAGAGAUUACUAGCCAGACAGAAGGCAUAUUCCUAUGUUUCCAAGCGAGGGAGCUGGAGGGGACCCCCUGAGGUCAUCCAGUCCAACCCGCUGCAAGGCAGGAAUCCCAGCAGAAGCAAAGCCUCAGAGGCUACUGGAAAUAACGAUUUUGCUCUGAGCGCUGCUGAAACAGGGAUUCCUGGCUUUGGGCAGCCCGUCUCCCCCCAUUCAGGGAGCACUUUAAUCAUCCGUUUCCCAUGUGGUCUUUGGAACUCCCUGCCACUUGAUAUUAGAUAGGCACCUCCAUUGUACAGCUUGAUGCAUCCUCAAAUCUCUUUUCUGCUUCGGCAAGCCAGCACCCGGACAAUGAAGGUGACUUGGCCUGUAUUUUGUUAAUGUUAUGACAUUUUAUCUUUUUAAAAGUCCAAUUUGUUUGGUUUUUUCGGCUGCUUUUAAAUGAAUAGGGUAAUGCCGUUGUAUGUGAACUGCUCAGAGAAUUGUUGUUGCUGUUGCUACUGUAUUGGCCCGACUAUAAACUGCACCCACAAAUAAGCCGCAAAAAAGAGAAUAAUAAUAAUAACAACAAUAAUAAUAAUUUAUUAUUUAUACCCCUCCCAUCUGUGCUCAGAAAUGUCCUGGGUGCCAGUGUAGGUCUUUCAAGACCGGUGUUAUGUGGUCUCGGCGGCCGCUCCCAGUCCCCAGUCUGGCUGCCGCAUUCUGGAAUAGUUGCAGUUUCCGAGUCACCUUCAAAGGCAGCCCCACAUAGAGCGCACUGCAGUAGUCCAAGCGGGAGAUAACCAGAGCAUGCGCCACUCUGGCCAGACAGUCUGCGGGCAGGGAGGGUCUCAUCCUGCGUCGCAGAUGGAGCUGUCCUGGACACAGAACUGACCUGCGCCUCCAUGGACAGCUGCAAGUCCAAAAUGACCCCCAGGCUGCGCACCUGGUCCUUCGGGGGCACAGUUGCCCCAUUCAGGACCAGGGAGUCCCCCACACCUGUCCACCCCCUAUCCCCCCAAAACAGUACUUCUGUCUUGUCAGGAUUUAAUCUCAAUCCGAAUAACCGAAUAUAAGCGGCUCCCGAAAUCGCUGCAGUUGGUAGAAUUGUAACUCCGAGCCAAUUUAAGCCUUUGGUCUCGCAAGCCCAGAAAAGUUACCGUACAAUCGGCUAAAAUCAAAAAUGCUAUUGAAUUGUACAAUUCCACAGGUACUCAAGCUCGCAAAUUGGCAACGAAACAAUUUUUCUGUUCUGUUUUAUCGCAUGUCUGUUCCAGCAGCGAUAUCGUAAAAAACCAUUUUUCGUUAGGUCGCGAAUUCAAGCCCUGCUUUAAUAACUUUUCAGGGUCGGAAUUUUUUGGGGGUGGGGAGAAAAAGUGCAGCUUAUAUCCGGGCCAAUACGGUAUUCAGGAUAGAAGCAAGACUGGGGAUAGCUCAGUUGGCAGAGCGCAAAACGGGUUGCGGGUUCGAAUCCAACGAUUCUGCGAUAAAACUUACGAAAUAAAACACUCAUGCAAGGUAUUUCCUUACCCGUUGGAGUCGACAAUGGCAUACGUAGACCCCAGAGUGGCUUCAGGGCUGGCGACGCAGCUGUCCACAAAGAGCCUUAGGGGAAGGUGGUUCUCUGCCGUGACUUGGGCUUGCAGGUGCAGGAUCUCACCCAGCUGGAAGCGAGACGAUAGCCGCUCGCCGCUCCAGUCAUCUUGGCGGCGCGAGAGGAUGAAUGCGUUAAUCAUUUUUUAUUUUUUUAAUUGCAAGCGUAGCAGAAGAGAAAAGGAAAUAAACUUUUCCUGCUGACAGCGUGGUUCAUUGCAGUGGCCCCAAGCCUGUGGAACAGCCUGCCACUUGAGACUGGGCAGGGAGGGUCCCUUACUGAGCUGAAGGCCAGAUUUAGGAUUGAUGAGGCCCUGAGCUACCAAAGGUAAUGGGGCCCUUUAUAUGUCCAGCUGUCCUUUGUUCAACAACAAAUUGUCGCUUUUUUGUUUAUGGUAAUUUAUGGACCUAAAAAGAAAAGUUAAGAAAUUUGACUACAAUUGGAAUAUUGUUUUUGAAUAAUGAUAUUGGAAAACUGCUACAUUUAGUUACAAGGAAAUUCAGGUGGCAGGGACUAGAGGAAGUCAAGUAAUAUGUUUAUGAGGUUGGAAGUUUAACUAAUUAAUUUGUAUUGUUUAUGUGUUUGAUGUUAUAUCUUUUACUGCUAUUUGCUUUAUUUUCUUCUUUUUUGUUGUUUUAUUUGUUUUACAGUAUGUGUUAUAGUUGUAUGAAAAUCAGUAAACAUUACUGGAAAUAAUUUAUGGACGUAACAGGUAUCAAAAGCCAUUUGCACAUCGCAAAAUAUGUAUUUUAUCAAAGUGAUUGUUGAAGCGAAAUACAAUUAAGUAGAAGUAUAUUAAUAGUGAAGUAAUUAUUAAGCUCUAACUUAAAAUGAUUUUUAAUUCAUAACUUAACGCAAACAUUUAAGGUUUAUGAUUUCUCUAUUUCCUUCUGAGGAAACUGAAUAGUUCAGUGAAACGAGGUUUGUACCCGGCGUCCCGUUAAGGCUUUGUUCAGUUCUAGGUUUUUCUAAUUUUUUCCUUAAACUUUUUGAUUUUUGUUAUUUAGUUUAAUUCUAGAAGAUAAUAUUUCUAGUCGGUUACUUCUCGUUUCAGGGAUUUUCAUGGCAUUUCAUCUGUUUUGUGUAAUUUCGCGGUUCCGUGACUGUCUUUUUUCUACCGGCUUCAGGAAAGAAGCCAGCAUUUCAUAAAACAAUUUUGCUGCCCUAACAGCAGCAAAGGUUAGGAACUUCAGGAGUGAGAGAGCUAAACAAAGCUUGUGAAGAAGAAGGGACCCGAGGGUCAUCCAGACCAACCCGCUGCAAGGCAGGAAUAUGCAGCUGUUUCAUGCAGGGUUUGAACCCGCAACCUUGGCCUACGUAGCUAUCCUGCGUUCAAGAGCUAUUAGCCAGAACAGCCAAGCAGAAACUCCAUUUUUCAGAGACAGAGAACCGCAGCGACGUCUGCGGGCUUUGGGGGUUAUCUGGCUGUCCCCUGUUGGAGGCAGGGGACUUGGGCUAAGGGGAAAUUUGCAUCCUUUAAGCCCUGGUGCUCAGCAGCCCUGGAUCCUAACCGGACGGGUUUGGGGGCUUUGAGCUAGGCCCUUCCCACACCCCGAAUCCACCCUUUUCCUUACCGUUCAUGAGUCGCAACGAGAACCCGAGCCUCGCUUCGGCCGACACGGUGGACCUGAAGGGAGCCCAGGUGGGCUGGAUGGCCAGACUGGAGACGUUGCCUUUCCUGGAAACAGGGAGACAAGCAGCUGAGAACUCAGUCCAAUGACCGUGGGGCACCUAGAUGCCAUCCAGACUGACCCGCCACCCUCGGCAGCGAGAAAUCGCUUCCUGCUCCGCCCAUUACUCCUCGCUGCUCCCAGACAUCUAGGGGGUUGGCAGGGCAGGAGGUAGGGAUCCUCCACAGUGGGAGGAGCCACAGCCAAUAAUGGGAGGAGCUAAAGGCCUCCAUCCACAGACAUUUAAAGAGGUAUCGGAUCACUUUAAACCAUCCAGGCUUCCCCCCAGAGAAUCCUGGGAGUUGUAGUUUGCUAAGGGGGCCAAGAGAUGUUAGGAGAAAGAACCCUCUCUCUCUCAGAACUACAAUUCCCAGAGUGCUUUAACUAUCAAGACCUCUUGCCCAGGGUACUUUGGGAAUUGUAGCCCAUUGGAUGUGCCUGAACUACAACUCCCAUCAUGCAGCAGGCUGGCAGGGGUUGAUGGGAGGCAGCUCCCAACUCCCAAGAGCACCAGAAUAAAUCAAUAAUAAUAAUAAUAAUAAUAAUAAUAAUAAUAAUUUAUACCCCGCCCAUCUGGCUGGGUUUCCCCAGCCACUCUGGGCGGCUUCCAACAGAACAUUAAAAUACAAUAACCUAUUAAACAUUAAAAGCUUCCCUAAACAGGGCUGCCUUCAGAGGUCUUCUAAAAGUUUGGUAGUUGUUUAUUUCCUUGACAUCUGAUGGGAGGGAGGGCGCCACCACCGAGAAGGCCCUCUGCCUGGUUCCCUGUAACCUCACUUCUCGCAGGGAGGGAACCGCCAGAAGGCCCUCGGUGCUGGACCUCAGUGUCCGGGCAGAACGAUGGGGGUGGAGACGCUCCUUCAGGUCUACUGGGCCUUUGACGCCGUUUAGGGCUUUCAAGGUCAGCACCAACACUUUGAAUUGUGCUCAGAAACGUACUGGGAGCCAAUGCAGAUCUCUCAGGACCGGUGUUAUAUGGUCUCGGUGGCCACUCCCAGUCCCCAGUCUAGCUGCCGCAUUCUGGAUUAGUUGUAGUUUCCAGGUCACCUUCAAAGGUAGCCCCACGUAGAGCGCAUUGCAGUAGUCCAAGCGGGAGAUAACCAGAGCAUGCACCACUCUGGCCAGACAGUCCGCGGGCAGGUAGGGUCUCAUCCUGCGUACCAGAUGGAACUGGUAGACAGGUGCCCUGGACACAGAACUGACCUGCGCCUCCAUGGACAGCUGUGAGUCCAGAAUGACUCCCAGGCUGCGCACCUGGUCCUUCAGGGGCACAGUAGCCCCAUUCAGGACCAGGGAGUCCCCCACACCUGACUGCCUCCUGUCCCCCUAAAACAGUACUUCUGUCUUGUCAGGAUUCAACCUCAAUCUGUAAUACAGUAAAACAUCAGACAUUAAAAGCUUCCCUAAACAGGGCUGCCUUCAGGUGUCUUCUAAAAGUCAGAUAGUUGUCUAUUUCCUAGACAUCUGGUGGAACGGCGUUCCACAGGGCGCCACCACCGAGAAGGCCCUCUGCCUGGUUCAGGCCUUAUGCACUGACGGAGGCUGAAGAAAACCGCAGUCCCAGAGAGACGAAGGACCGCAAAUUGGGGGGAAGAACUUCACCUGUUGGAUUUCUGCCUAACUACCGCUCUUUUAAAGGCACAGGAGCAAUUCUCCAGACCCUCUCCUACCCAUGAAGCGGCGCUAUGUUAGCUACGAUUCUGGCAUUGAUGGGGGUUGGUUUGGAUGACCCCCGGAGGGCCCACUGCACCCUACAAUUCUGCGAGACUACGAACAAAAGCCAAGGGCUUGCUAAGGUGAAAAAAGCCUUGCUUCACCCCACACCCAACUGGCAGCCUUCCUCACCUGGGGUAGUGGCACUCAAUGGGUAUCUCUGCAGCGUUGGUCCUGGUUAUUAUGGGAUUGGUGGAAGGCGACGGCUUGUGGAAGAGACUCGUUCGGUAGAUCAGCAUUUCCGGAGUCAUCUAGAAGCAAAGGGAGAUGGGUCAACUUUCAGAGCUCUUAAUAGGACUUGCUGCAGGAUCCGUCUAUUGAGAACUUUUAGCUUUCCCGGAAACAAGGUGGCUCCUUGCCGGCCGUUUUUGGCAAAGGAUGAGGCCCCACUGAAAGGCCCCCAUCCCCUGGGACAGUUUCCCGGCCAGCCCCACUGAAAGCUACGGAGCUCAGGAAGAAAAUAAAUAAAUAAAUAAAUAAAUAAAUAAAUAAAUAAUAAUAAUUUAUUCCCCAGGCACUCUGGGCGGCUUCCAACAGAAUACUAAAAUAUAAUAUAAUAAUAAUAAUAAUAAUAAUAAUAAUAAUAAUAAUAAUAAUAAAGUCUGAGAUGAAAGCACCUUGCUUGUUUACCUGGCCGAACCCCCAAAAUCUCCUAGAACCGAGGAAGACAGAGACCGACAAUCCCUACGUCUCCCAAACAGUUCCCUUAUGGGUUACUCGGAGAGUAAAAGGCAGCCCGCCCUGUCCAGGGCCUCUGCCAGAUCUCAGAACGGCACGCCGGUCCCUCCCAGCAGCUUCCAGUGAAGAGUUAAUAAUAAUAAUAAUAAUAAUAAUAAUAAUAAUAAUAUUUAUACCCCGCCCUCCCCAGCCAAGACCCAGCUCAGGUCGGCCAACACCAGAUAUAAAACAAUGGCUUGAAGCACAACUUAAAAAACAAGAUUAAAAUACAACAUUAAAAUGCAGAGUUGACCUGCGGAACUCCCUGCCACAGGAGGCGGCGGCGGCGACCGCCGACUGAGAUGGCGAGGACUGGGCAAAUUUGUGGAGAAGCAGAGGGCUGUUUGUGGCCACCAUGGGCCUGAUCCUGCAGGCUCUUUUUUUGGAACAGGGAGGAGAAGGCUAUUUGUGGAGGAUUUAGGCUAUCGUCGAGUGGCUAUCCCACAGCUGGAGGCAGCAAUGAAAGAGGCCGGGAAACGCAGGAGGGGAGCGUUGGGUCUUGGGUUCGAAUUCUGCCUGCGGGUUUCCCAGUAAGGGCGUCUGGUUGGCCGCUGUGGGGACAGGGUGCUGGGCUAGCUGGUGGCCUGAUCCUGCGAGGCCUCUUCUUGCAUUCUUAUAAACCAGGGGUCAGCAAACUUUUUCAGCAGGGGGCCGGUCCACUGUCCCUCAGACCUUGUGGGGGGCCGGACUGUAUUUUGGGGGGGAGGAAAUGAAGGAAUUCCUAUGCCCCACAAAUAACCCAGAGAUGCAAUUUUAAAUAAAAGCACACAUUCUACUCAUGUAAAAACACACUGAUUCCUGGACCAUCUGUGGACCGGAUUUAGAAAGCGAUUGGGCCGGAUCCGGCCCCCAGGCCUUAGUUUGCCUACCCAUGCUCUAAACAAGGCGUGUCCAAAGUCUGUUUUGGGGGCCUAAUCCAGCCUGCCAGUCGGUUUAAUCCAGCCCCUGUGGCAAUUAAUUUCCCAGGGUAAAAUCCUAAAGAAACCUCAACUACUUCAAUCUUUAAAAAACGCCAACUUUGGGGUAAAAUCCUGAAUAAAGCCCAACAACUUCAGUCCCCCCAAAAGUCAACAACUUUGGUCGGCCCCCACAGCCCUUCGCUUCAUCAAACCUGGCCCUCUUUGAAAAAAAGUUUGGACACUACUGCGUAUAAACCUUGAGGCAAAAAAACCCCAAAGUUGACAAACACACAAUUCCUUGUUUUUAGUAAACUCACAUCAAUGCAGGAAUCACUGAGUUUAGCCCUUGCAAGAUAGAUUACGCUAGUAGGAUUGCAAGAAGUUUUGUGAGGUCACAAUGUAAUUAAGUUUGAUUUAAUAAGGUGAAGAUUUAUGUUUGUUUGUUUAAAAAACAUUUUGGAAAAUUAAUUAAUUUUUUUUUUUUUAAAAAGAGAAGUUUUGUGAGGUGGAGUAUUCGAAAUAUUACAAGAAAGACUAGGAAAAGAGUUAUUAAUUAAAGAUAAUUGAUUUGAUAAGGUGAAGAUUUAUGUUUAAAAACUUUUUGGAAAAUUUAAAAAUUUCAAAAAGAAAGAAAGAAAGAAGUUUUGUGAGGUGGAGUAUUUGAAAUAUUACAAGAAAGACUAGGAAAAGAGUUAUUAAUUAAGGAUAAUUGAUUUGAUAAGGUGAAGAUUUAUGUUUGUUUAAAAAACUUUUUGGAAAAUUAAUUUUAAAAAUUCAACAAAACAAGAAGUUUUGUGAGGUUUAGUAUUUGAAAUAUUACAAGACAGACUAGGAAAAGAGUCAUUAAUUAAGGAUAAUUCAAUGCAAUAUAAAAAUUAAACCUCCUGCUCCUUUCCAUGGGGCUGGCCUGGGAGACCCACCCUCCCAGGGGGUUCUGCCCCAUGUUGCUCAACACCCCUAGCACCCCAUUUUUAAGCUGCACCCCUCAAGUAGGACCCACCCCCGCCAAAAAACCCCACAAAACCCCCCAAACCUUCCAUCCCAGAGAACCCAAAGCACCUGCACUGCGAUGCCACACUGAUGGAGACCCGCCUCAAAGAGGACCACGUCGGUGGUGCCAGCGGCGAAGGACACCGGGGCGCAAGAGGCUGCCCCCAAAGUCAGGUCUGCGGGGGCCACCAGCCUGCCCACCCCAAAGAGGUCUCGGUGCACGGCCACCACCAAGCGGUGGGGCUCGCAGGAAACCUUCACAGCGUGGGGCGUGGCAGGAGCAGCCCUGGAAAAAACAGAGGAAGGGGGCAAGGGGACAUGAUGCGAGGUCUCUGGCUCCCACCAGGCAGGACUCUGGGGGUCAGCAAAAGCCCCCUGGCAGAAAAAAAUGCCCCACAGCAAAAACAGCCCCAUCGCAAACUCCUGCCCCAUAGCUGCAACCCCGGCGCGCAAUGAAGCUGAGAGCCAAAUGAUCAUCCUUUUAUACUGCUUUCUGACUCUGCCCACAGUCACAUGACUCAAGCAAUUAAGACCCGCCUUGUCCUGCCCUCAUUUCCCCGGGGUCCUAAAACCCACAGGGUUUUUUAUAAUAAUAAUAAUUUAUUAUUUAUACCCCACCCACCUGGUUGGGUUUCCCCAGCCACUCUGGGCGGCUUCCAACACAAUAUUAAAAUACAGUAAUGCAUCAAACAUUAAAAGCUUUCCUGAACAUGGCUGCCUUCAGAUGUCUUCUAAAAGUUUGGUAGUUGUUGUUCUAUUUGACAUCUGGUGGGAGGGCGUUCCACAGGGCGGGGGCCACCACCAAGAAGGCCCUCUGCCUGGUUCCCUGUAACCUCGCAGGGAGUGAACUGCCAGAAGGCCCUCGGAGCUGGAGCUCAGUGUCCGGGCUGGACAAUGGGGGUGGAGAUGCUCCUUCAGGUCUACUGGGCCUUUGAGGCCAUUUAGGGCUUUCAAGGUCAACACCAACACUUUGAAUUGUAAAAGUGUUGGUGAAACGUACUGGGAGCCAAUGUAGGUCUUUCAGGACAAGUGUUAUGUGGUCCCAGUGGCCGCUCCCAGUCACCAGUCUGGCUGCCGCAUUCUGAAUUAAUUGCAGUUUCUGGGUCACCUUCAAAGGUAGCCCCACGCAGAGUGCGUUGCAGUAGUCCAAGCAGGAUAUAACUAGAGCAUGCGCCACUCUGGCCAGUCUGCGGGCAGAUAGGGUCUCAUCCUGCGCACCAGAUGUAGCUGGUAGACAGCUGCCCUGGACACAGAAUUGACCUGCGCCUCCAUGGACAGCGGUGAGUCCAAAAUGACUCCCAGGCUGCGCACCUGGUCCUUCAGGGGCACAGUUAUCUCAUUCAGGACCAGGAAGUCCCCCACACCUGUCCGCCUCCUGUACUUCUGCCUUGUCAGGAUUCAACCUCAAUCCAUUAGCCGCCAUCCAUCCUCCAACCGCCUCCAGACACUCGCACAGAACCUCACAACGCCCCACGGUCUGUGCUCAGGACACAGCUGUCAACUUUUCCCUUUUCUUGCGAGGAAUCCUAUUCGGAAUAAGGGAAUUUCCCUUUAAAAAAAGGGAAGCGUUGACAGUUAUGGCUCAGAAUCACCUGCCGCUUUGGGAAAUGAUUUCAUUUUUUUAAAAAAAGUUUUAUUAGUUGAAUAUAAGAACAACAUAUAAUCCAAUACAAGCAAUCAAAUACAGUUUCCCCCUACCCGCCCCCCCCCCAAAAACAGCCUCAACUACGUCCAGGUAAUUACGUUAGUAAUAUAAUCAAAUAAAAAAUUAUUUCUAUAGCUGCUGGUUUAAAAAAUAUCAUUGCACGUGUAAAUUUAUUUCAUUUACAGCCUAUCUUCCUUGCGUCAUGUCGUAGAAUUGUAGAGUUUGAAGGGAUUCCAAGGCUUAUUAUUAUUAUUAUUAUUAAUAAUUUUUAUUAGGUUUUACACACCUUCCAUCUUGUCCAUCUCCUCCUUAAAUUGUGCUGCCCAGAACUGGACAGAGAACUAGGUCAUUUGGAGUAUUUGAAAGACAGGUUCCCCAAAAUAUGCUCUAAUCCACUGAAGAAGCCCCCUCCCAUUAAUUAUUAUUAUUAUUAUUAUUAUUAUUAUUAUUAUUAUUAGGUUUUACCAUUUAGUAUUCAACACAUUUGACACAUAAAAGAAGAAAAAUAAAAAAGUGAAAUUCCCCCCGUGACUUCCCUCAACUUCCCCUUCUGGUUUUUUAAAUAUAUGCUGUUUCUGCUUCAUUUUAUCUUACUUUCUGUAAUUUAUUUUUUACUAAAUGCUUUUAUAUACUUACCAUUUUUAUACCAAAUUUUCUUUCAAAUCACAUCUUACACUUAAUCAAUUUCCAUUUCGUUGUUUUGUAACCGCGCACUUAUUUUCUUAAUUGUAAGCGUUUAUUCAAAUCCAACUAGUGAGUCCAAUUUUUUACAAUGUUUCUGUAAAUACAACCUAGUCUUUUUUAAACUCUCUAUUGCCAUUGUCUCUUAAGUCUUCCUGUAAGUUUUGCCAGUUCUGCAUAUUCCAUAAGUUUGUCUUGCCAUUCUUCCUUCGUCAGUAUCUUAUCGCCCUUCCAUUUUGGGGCUAGUAAUAAUAUCCUGAAAAACUUCUUCCGCUCAUUUGGCAAUUCCUAUCCUAUAAUUAUAUAUGGUCUGAAAAAAUACGCAAAAUAUCUGCAAAAUAUGGUCUGAAGCUCAACAUCAAAAAAACGAAGAUCAUGGCCACUGGUCCCAUCAGCUCCUGGCAAAUAGAAGGGGAAGAAAUGGAGGCAGUGAGAGAUUUUACUUUCUUGGGCUGCAUGAUCACUGCAGAUGGUGACAGCAGCCACGAAAUUAAAAGACGCCUGCUCCUUGGGAGAAAGGCAAUGGCAAACCUAGACAGCAUCUUAAAAAGCAGAGACAUCACCUUGCCAACAAAGGUCCGUAUAGUUAAAGCCAUGGUUUUCCCAGUAGUGAUGUACGGAAGUGAGAGCUGGACCAUAAAGAAGGCUGAUCGCCGAAGAAUGGAUGCUUUUGAAUUCUGGUGCUGGAGGAGACUCUUGAGAGUCCCGUGGACUGCAAGAAGAUCAAACCUCUCCAUUCUGAAGGAAAUCAGCCCUGAGUGCUCACUGGAAGGACAGAUCCUGAAGCUGAGGCUCCAAGACUUUGGCCACCUCAUGAGAAGAGAAGACUCCCUGGAAAAGACCCUGAUGUUGGGAAAGAUGGAGGGCACAAGGAGAAGGGGACGACGGAGGACGAGAUGGUGGGACAGUGUUCUUGAAGCGACCAGCAUGAGUUUGACCAAACUGCGGGAGGCAGUGGAAGACAGGAGUGCCUGGCGUGCUCUGGUCCAGGGGGUCACGUAGCGUCGGACACGACUAAACGACUCAACAACAAUAACAUCCUAUAAUUCCUAGCAAAAAAAGCUAUGCAGGAAUUUUUUGCCCAACGCGGACCUUGAACUCGUGACCUUGAGAUUAAGAAUCUCCUACUCUACCAGUCAAGCUAUUCUCACUUUUUUCACCUCUCAGCUAAAAAAAUCCUUGAUUUAACCCCUAUGUGGUGAUCAGGAUUAAGGCCCUCUGCAAAGAAUUAUUUCUUGGGGAUUUUUCUAAACCUUAUGCAAAGAAUAUUUUUGCAUUUUUAAAGUGGCCAUGGUUCUGGUACUGGUUCUAUUCAGGUUUACUCUGUCCAACUGAGUUGAAAUGGAUAUCCAGCCCAAUUCUAGGGAGGUUUACUCAGAAGUAAGCUCAAAGAGCUCGCAGCCAGUAACACCAGUAAAGUUAGCCAAAAUGUACAAAUGUUGGAAAUUUAAAGAAAAAGAAGGUACCUUUUACCACAUGUGGUAGGAUUGUAAGAAAGUAAAAUGCUUCUGGGAAAUGAUAUAUAUAUAAUGAGAUGAAGGAAAUGUUGAAAUAUACAUUUGCAGGGAAAAACCAGAAGCAUUUUUACUUGGCAUUGUAGGUACGGAAAUGAAUAGACAAAAAUCUGUUUUUAUAUGCAAUUAUAGCAGCGAGAGUAUUACUAGCCCAAUGAUUGAAACAGGAAGAAUUACCAACAAAGGAGGAAUGGAAAAUAAAACUGAUGGGAGUAUGCAGAACUGGCAAAGUUGACUGGAAGAAUUCAAAACCAGAAAGACCAGGACUACCUUAAGGAUUGGAAGAAAUAUAUGACUUAUUCGAAAGACAAUAGCAUUAAUGUAACAUUGUUUGUAGGUUUACAAGAAGUUUUGUAAGGGGGGCUAUAUAAAUUAUUGUAAAACGAUUUCGGAAGGAAAUAAUUCAGAAAUGAAGUUGAAAAGCAUUAAUUAUAAUAACAAAACGCAAGAUGAGAUAGCAAAUUUGAAAAUCGCUAGACGGGAUUGAUGGAAGCCUCAGGCUAUAAUAGCCAAGAUGAAGAUGAUGUGAAGUUUUGUUUGGAAAACAUGCAAAAAUUAAUAAAAAUGAUUUAUUUAAAAAAGAGAGAGAGAUCGCAGUCCGUGUCUCGUUUGCAAGGAGAUGAAAUGCUAUCGGCUAUUUAUCGCACGUUAUUCAUUCGUAUUUCUUUGCAGAGAGAGUUAUAAAAUAUUGCACUGGUUAAUAGUCACCCCAAACUUGCCAAGAUACUAUCAGUUUCCUUUAUUGCAGGAAGUCUGACACAUUUUGGGGGUCAUGGAAAUAGAAGGAAUCCACUUUAACUUUGCAGCCUGAAAUGGCCAGGAGGUGAUUGAUUGGGGGGAAAACCUACCUGGAGUUUCACCUGGGAGUCACAGGUGUAGCCAAUGGUCAGGAUAAUUAGAUUUUUCAGGUCCUUCCAGAGAGGUAAACUUUUAAACAGAUCCUUCAGAUCAUCUAUUCCACAAGUUUUAUACACUGGUGGAUGGUAAUAAAUUUUUUUAAAAAUCAAAGCGGUUUGCCAUUGAAUCAAUUAAUUGAUGGAAAUUACAAAUUUGUGGAAUAUACGGCUUUGCAAGUCAAGUACUGAUUAACCAGUGAAACACAAUGGCAAUAUAUCCAAUUGAAACAUAUUUGCAAAGGCGGUUUGGCCCUGACGCUAUAGCAGCAUGGGAAACACCCUUGCUGCUACAAGAUUUAAUUUUGGAAGUCAAUCAAUGAAAUUUUAUUAUUGAGAUAUUGGUAGAAUAAAUUUGGAAGAAAUUCUUCCAAUUUUUCUUCUUCUUCCAAUUUUUCUUCUUAUUUUUUCUUUUUCUUUUAUUUUUUUAUAUAUGUGUGCUUAUCUGAAAAAUAUAUCUGUGUAUGUAUUUGUAUGUAUUUUGCUUGUAUUUUGUAAUAAUUAUGUUAAAUGAAAUUUAAUAAUAAUAAUAAUAAAGGUUAAAUCUCUGCAACAAAAACAAAAAACUCUAUAAAACCAUACUCAACAGGAAGAAAUACGAUUUAGAAUAUGAUAGACAAAAAUGGAGUGAAGAGUUAGGGGUACAGAUAACAAAAUGAUAUAUGGGAGUCGAGUAUAAAAUCAACAGAAAUAGCCUCUAUGGAUCUAAGGCUAAGACUUACUCAACAGAAAAUAAUAUUCAGAGUCCACUGGACUCCAGCAAAACUAUACCAGAAGAAAAUAACAAAUGCAGACAACUGCUGGAGAUGUGGGAGUAAAAAUGUGAACUUAGUACAUAUGAUGAUUAACUGCCCGAUGAUAAGAUCAUUUUGGUGCGAGGUGAAGAUACAUAUAGCAAGAGUAAUAAAAAGAAAUUGUUAUUUAGAGGAAUUGAAUUUAAUUCUAGAUUAUAUACCGGAAACAUGGGAGAUUUCAAGGGGUCAAAAAUAAAAUAAAAUGGAUGUACCGUGUUAUAUUAGAAGCAAAAAAAAAUAUUGUUUUGAUGAAUUGGAAGAGCCGCAAAAAGAUUCCAUUGAGCACAUGGAUUGAUAAUAUGGACAGAUUAGCUACAUACUAAAGCCCGGGGGCCGAAUCUGGCCCAAUCUCCUUCUCAAUCCAGCCCACAGACGGUCCGGGAAUCAGCGUGUUUUUACAUGAGUAGAAUGUGUGCUUUUAUUUUAAAUGCAUCUCUGGGUUAUUUGUGGGGCAUAGGAAUUUUUUCACACACACCCCUCCCCGCAAAUAUAGUCAUUAUUACUUUUCAAAGUAUCAGACCCACAAGGUCUGCGGGACAGUGGACCGGCCCCCUGCCGAGAAAGUUUGCUGACCCCUGGUCUAGAUUGUUAUAAGAAUUUAAGGUCUCAAAUAUAUAAAUUAAAUGUUUACACAUGUACAAGGCAAACACAUACAUAAGUAUAUAUACCACGUGUCUGAAAUACUACAGGAGAGCAAUCCUGAAACCACUUUGACACUCCCAAAUUGACCUCAAAUAUUUCUCUGCAAGGAGGGAGGAAAUGGGGAAAACCUUCCCAUUUUCUUUUCGCUUGCAAAUCCUGUCUUAAGGGUGCAUUUGUGUAGGAAUAGGGUGAGCCUGUGACCUGGACUCAGGAACUAAAGUAUUAACCAUCACAAAAGAAUGGCCAGGCUGCCCAGGUAAAGCAAUCAGGGACCAUUAUCAGGUAUCCUGGCAGACAGGAUUUCUGCUGUAGACCGCCUCCUUCUGUGAUGUAUGCAUGAUGUUUUGGGCUACAGGGUGGGCAAUUUCAGGAGUCUAUAUAAAGGCUUGCACACCAUUAUUCUGGGUCCCUCCUGCCUCCUGCGUGGGGGGAGUGAGGACCCUGUUGCAACAGUUUAGUAAAGAUCAGGCUUACUAGCUGCUUUGCUUCUCAGUAUUCUCUGGUUGGUCUCUGUUAUUUUCUCCUGCCAAUGUUGUUGUUGUUUAGUCGUUUAGUCGUGUCCGCCUCUUCGUGGCCCCCUGGACCAGAGCACGCCAGGCACUCCUGUCUUCCACUGCCUCCCGCAGUUUGGUCAAACUCAUGCUGGUAGCUUCCAGAACACUGUCCCACCAUCUCGUCCUCCGUCGUCCCCUUCUCCUUGUGCCCUCCAUCUUUCCCAACAUCAGGGUCUUUUCCAGGGAGUCUUCUCUUCUCAUGAGGUGGCCAAAGUCUUGGAGCCUCAGCUUCAGGAUCUGUCCUUCCAGUGAGCACUCAGGGCUGAUUUCCUUCAGAAUGGAUCAGUUUGAUCUUCUUGCAGUCCAUGGGACUCUCCAGAGUCUCCUCCAGCACCAGAAUUCAAAAGCAUCCUUCCAAUAGGGAACCCAAUUAAGGACUCUUCACAGGCUCUUGGAUACCACAUAAGGGAAAAGGAACAGAUUUUGUUUACAUCAAGAUAAAAUUAUUAUUAUCAUCAAUCAUCAUCAUCAUCAUCAUCAUCAUCAUCAUUAUCUUCAGGGCACAUAAGACAGUUCUUCUUCACACAGCUUUUUUGGGGUAGGUGAUGAGAAAGAUGAGAAAGGGAGGGCACCUGAUGGAUGGAUCCUUUCACGGGCGCCAUCUUCACAGACUGGGCCAGGAGUCUUUAAACUCCCCAAUGGGAACUGAGAAGCAUACUAAGAGAUUAGAUUUUCAGACAGGACUGAUGGACAGGAAUGAAUAAGAUGUAAAAGUAUGUUUAUGGUCUGUGUGUGUGGUUUGGGAGCUGCACGGCCAGGGAAAAAACAAUGCUAUCCAGGGUUGCAAAGACUGCGGAGAGAAUAAUUGGGUGCACUCUUCCCACCUUGGAUCAAAUCUAUGCUUCCAGGCAGUGCCAUAAGAAAGCUGCAGAGAUAGCGCAGGAUAGUGCGCACCCCGGAAAUGAUCUCUUUCAGCUUCUGCCUUCUGGAAGAAGACUAGGAUUAGCCGCCUGAGAAACAGUUUCUACGCAAAUGCAAUUCUGGUUCUAAACGCAGCAUAAGGAGUCUCUAUAGUAUAGUGUAUUUUUUAGUAUAGUGUAUUUUAUAGUAUAGUAUAGUAUAGUAUAGUAUAGUAUAGUAUAGUAUAGUAUAGUGUAUUUUAAAAUGGGAUUUCAGAGUUUUUAGGGGUUUUUGAAUGUUUUAUGUAGUUUUUAAAUUUCAUUAAAAAUGAAACGAUGACAAUAAAGAUAUCGUAUAUAUUAAUUACUGUUGAAAAUGAUAUGUUAAAAAACUAAUAUAUAUAUAUAUAUAUAAGACCUUAAUUUUUUAUCACACUAUCCAUCUGGAAAUCCCCCCCCCCAAAAAAUUUUUUUCUGUGGGGUGGUAGCAUUUUGGAAGGGCUGCUUUUGGGAGAAAUAAUAUUGACAGAGCAAAGGUCAUUGAGGCGCGCGGUGAUCGGGAACAGGAUGAGGACCUGAAAUUUUUGACUUGGAAAAAAGGAGGGAGGAGGUAAAAGGGGGGCAGCCAGGCCACCCCGGACGCCCCAAAACCUCGCCCCCAUCCCUCUUCCGUGGCAGCUCGCCCCGUGGCAAUCCUGCCCCCUGGGCACCCGCUAACCUGCCUGCUUUUGGCCAGGGAAGGUUGGCGCCGAUUGGGAAAUUGGUUCGUUGGCAGGUCGUGACUUUGUCCAAACUUUGCCCAGGUCGACGUUUUUGACGGGGAGAAGAGGGAGCUGCGAUUUUCGGAAGCGCCCGUGACCCCCCAACUAGAGAGCGACCCGGUGGAAGGACCUGCUCCAUGCCAGGGAGAUGACAACUUCUUUUGACAAGCAAGUAGACAUCUGAAGGCAGCCCUGUUUAGGGAAGCUUUUAAGGUUUAAUAGGUUGCAUUUUAAUGUUUUAAUGUUGUGUUUUAAUCUUGUUUUUUAAGGUAUAUUUCAAUCAAUUGUUUUUAUAUUUGAUGUUAGCCGCCCUGAGCCUGGUCUUGGCUGGGGAGGUAAUAUGAAGAUUACCCACUCUGGGAUCCCACAGCUAAUUCUCCCCUGGUCUCCUCGCUGGCCCAAAUAGGACUAAUUUAGUCAGCUAGCCCUGGUGAUCAUCUAAUGUUUACUGGAUGGAUUUCCCCCCUAAAUUGAUUUUUGAAUUCUGAAUUUAUUGUUAUUCACGUUUCAUAUUGUAUUUUAUGCUGUUUUUUCGUUGCAUCAAUUGUUUUAAAUUUGUUGUUGUUAGCUGCCCGGGAAGGGUGGGGUAUAAAUAAAAAUUUAUCUUUAUAUAUUAUUAUAAAAAAGAAUAUGGGCAGAAAGUACACUGGGCGAGAAAAAGGUAAACCCGAAGAAAGGAAAGCGAGGGAGGAGUCCGAGGGUUGCCGAGUUGGAAGGGAACCCCAGCGGCCAUCCAGCCCAACCCGCUGCAAUGCAGGAAAACCCAACUCCCCGUUCAUCUUUGCAGCUUUCAGGUCCCGCCGGAUAUUCCGCCUCGCUCCACCUCCAUCGACAUGGACCCUCCUCCCGAACCCAGCGUAGCCAAAGAGUACGAAGAUCUCCAAAGCCUGGAUGUGCCAGGCAAACAUGGGCAGCACUUCGGGAGAGGUACGCAGGGGGGAUGGAGCGGGGCCGGCCCAUCGGACUGGGUGUGGGGAGGGCCGGAUUUAGGUUUGACGUGGCCCUAAGCUACUGAAGGUAAUGGGGCCCUUUCUAUGUCCAGCUGUCCUCUGUCAACACCAAAUUGUCGCUGUUUUUGUGUGUGGAAUAUACCGUAUUUUUCGCUCUAUAGGACGCACCCGACCAUAGGACGUACCUUGUUUUAGAGGGGGAGAACAAGCAAAAAAAAUUCUCCCCCUCUCUGCCCAGCGCCCCUUCAGCGAAGUGGCAGGAGGUGCUGCGCAGAGAGGGGGAGAAUAUUUUUUUCUUGUUCUCCCCCUCUAAAACAAGGUGUCGUUCAAGGUGCGUUCAGUCGCCUUCAGGCGGCUACCUUGGAAGCCUGUAGGAGAGCGAGACGGGUCGGUGUGCAUGACCCCUCUCACUCUCCAGGCUUCAGAGAAGGCAACCCGAAGCCUCCGGAGCGUGGAGGGAGUUUCCGCUGCGCUCCGGAGGCUUCAGGUUCCUUUCAACCUGCUCUUUGGGGCUGGUGUGGGGAAGCCCACCGCCAGCCCCAAAGAGCAGGUUGUGGAGCAGCGGAAAGGCGUGCAGCCUUCCCACUGCUCCGAGAGGUUCUCGGGGCUGCCGGGGAAGCCCGGGUCCCCCCCCUCCAGCCCCAAAGAGCAAAGAAGCCAAGACAGUGAGCGGGAUGUAUCCCACUCGCUGUCUUGGCUUCUGCCAUAGCCGCGCGCAACCUCUCCAGCAGGGAGAGGCUGCGCAUGGCUAUGGCUUCUUUAGCCCCGCGCAACCUCUUCGGCAAGGAGAGGCUGCGCACGGCUAUGGCAAUACCCCCACCUCCCGCAAAAGCCCACAGGAGCCACGCACCGUUUAAGGAGCGCACAGCUCCUGCAGGCUUUUCUACGAGGAGGGAGAAGGGACUGACUGGCCGCGUCAGUCCCUUCUCCCUCCUGAGGAAAAACCCGCAAGAGCCGCGCGGAGCUUGUGGGGGGCUUUUGGGGGCUUUUCCUGCCUGCCUCCCCCCUGCAUUCGCUCCAUAAGACGCACACACAUUUCCCCUUACUUUUUAGGAGGGAAAAGUGUGUCUUAUGGAGCGAAAAAUACAGUAUGCUAUAUGGUCAUUGAUGGAUCUCAUAGAUAUCUCAAGCCAUUUGCACAUCACAGUCAUACUUUGGGUUACAGCCACUUCAGCUUGCAUUUUUUUGGGUUGCGGACCGCCGAAACCCGGAAGUACCAGAAUGGGUUACUUCCGGGUUACGGCGGUUGCGCAUGCGCCGAAGCGCCGAAUCACAACAUGCGCAGACAUGGGUUGCGAACGCUGCGGGUUGCGAAUGUGCAUCCCGCACGGAUCACGUUCGCAGCCUGAGCGUCAACUGUAUUUUAUCAAAGUGAUUGUUGAACUGAAAUACAAUUAAGAAGUAUAUUAGUAGUGAAAUAUUAUUAAGCUCUAACUGAAAAUGAUUUUUAACUCAUAGCAAAUGUCAUAAUGCAAACACAUUGGCAUUGGGCGAUAACAAAAGCUCCUUUAGAAACACAAUUUACAAGGGCUCAUCAUCCAGUCUCUGGAAACUUGCUAUAAAUGAAAUAAUAAUAGGUGUAAAUAUGUGGUGCAAACUACAAACAAUUAUAAAUAGCAGAAUGUAGGCACCCUCUAUAUAGAAAUGAGCAAACCAGGGAUAUUUUAGGGAGCAGGCAGGGCCCAUGACUGACAUCCUAGGAGACUACACAACACAGAACCCUGUUGCUGUAGGCAAGUUUUAUUUUAUUCAUUAAUUACCUUAUAUUUUGGAUAUGUACAUCCAGUUUUUCCCCCUUUAAUUUUUUUUGGGCCCCCAAGAGAGUGGGGCCCUAAGCUAUAGCUUGUUUGGCUUAUACUAGGGUUACCAGAUGUCCCCGGUUCCCGUGGACAGUCCCCGGAUUUGCAAAUCUGUCCCCGGGAAAUGUGGCAGCGGCAGCCUCAGCAGGCCGGAGCCAGCCUGGUAGCGCAGUUGGCUCUGGCUGGCUUUAGGAGCUGCCCGCUGCCGUGGCGCCUGCCAUUUUUCCUCGCCAAAAGUCCCCAUAUGAUGUGUCUUGGGUGCAACAUUUCACAAGGGGACUUCCGGCGAGGAACAACGGCAGGCGCCACGGCAGUGGGCAGCUCCUAAAGCCAGCCAGAGCCACUGCUGCCGAAGGGGAACCGGGGACAUCCGGCGGUACAGUUCUCCUGCCCCCUUCCCCCUUUGUUUUGACAAAUCGGGGGAGGCUCGGGAGUCACGAGUGGGUGGCUGUUGCCCAGGAGGGGCGCAAGGUGGGCAAUUUCUCUGCCGGGCAAGGUGCAAAGCCCUUCUUUCGCACCCUGUGAAACCCUGAUGAGGAACGGUCGAGGGAGCUGGGGAUGUUUCGCCUGGGGAAGAGGAGACUGAGAGUAGACCCAAGAGCCACCCCUCUUUUUCUCCCCACAGCGCUGCCUCCAUUCCAGUCGCCCUGGCGCCGGAUCUGCCCCACCAACCGCCUCGUCUUGGUCCUGAUGGGGUUCUGCUUCGUCCUGACCCUCUCGGUGGCUGUGCUUGGCAUUCAGAGUGAGUGAUGGGCAUUACAGCAUUGGGGGAAAGGAAGCGGGGGAUUGGGUGCACAGAGGCCGGCUUCCCCAACCUGGUGCCCUCGGCCUCCAGAAAUUUGGGACUGCACCUUGCUAGGGCAUGUUGAAUUUUUCAGCUUAGGGGGUCCUUAAAAGUUGUGAAAUGGCUCAGGAAUUCCAUUUUGGUUAGAUGAAUAUUAAUUUAGUUUUGCUUGGUAAGUAAACUGUGUGGGAAAUUGCAGAGAAAUCAUUAGAAAGGAUUGCCACGUACUUGCAGUCAUAUUAUUAUUAUUAAUUAUUAUUAUUUAGCAUUGCUCGACAUUUUCACACAGAGAAAACAUUUGCUCAGUUUGGGAAUCAAAACGGUUUCAGGUCAGUCUUCCUGUGCUGAUCUAUGUACAUGCUUGGUUGGUUAUGAACAUUUAACAUAUAUCUAAGACCUCAAAAGGGACACAGGUGGCACUGUGGGUUAAACCACAGAGCCUAGGACUUGCCGAUCAGAAGGUCGGCGGUUCAAAUCCCCGCGCUUGGGUGAGCUCCCGUUGCUCGGUCCCUGCUCCUGCCAACCUAGCAGUUCGAAAGCACGUCAAAGUGCAAGUAGGUAAAUAGGUACCGCUCCAGCGGGAAGGUAAAUGGCGUUUCCAUGCGCUGCUCUGGUGCGCCAGAAACGGCUUAGUCCUGCUGGCCACCCGGAAGCUGUACGUCGGCUCCCUCGGCCAGUAAAGCGAGAUGAGCUCUGCAACCCCAGAGUCGUCCAUGACUGGACCUAAUGGUCAGGGGUCCCUUUACCUUUACCUAAGACCUCAAAAUUCCUAUCACACUGUCCUGAAUCUCUCGACAUUCAUCGGAUGCCCACAUUUCCAGGGGAAUGUUUUCGCCUGGCGCCUAAAGACAUUUGUGUGUGUGUGUGUCCUCCCUCCUUCCCUUUUCUGUUUUUUGACAAAUUAAAAAAGGACCCCUGACCAUUGGGUCCAGUCAUGGCCAACUCUGGGGUUGUGGCGCUCAUCUCGUUUUAUUGGCCGAGGGAGCCAGCGUCCAGCUUCCGGGUCAUGUGGCCAGCAGGACUAAGCCGCUUCUGGCGAACCAGAGCAGCGCACGGAAACGCCGUUUACCUUCCCGCUGGAGUGGUACCUCUUUAUCUACUUGCACUUUGACGUGCUUUCGAACUGCUAGGUGGGCAGGAGCAGGGACCGAGCAACGGGAGCUCACCCCGUCGCGGGGAUUUGAACCGCCGACCUUCUGAUUGGCAAGCCCUAGGCUCUGUGGUUUAACCGACAACGCCACCUGCGUCCCUUUUUUGACAAAUUAGAUGCAGAGUGUAUAUCUACUGGAUUUUAUUCUGGGGUUUUUUAGGGGAUGCCCAGCUUCCUCACUAAUUAAAAAGUUCCUCUUGAACCUCCGCCCGGCUUCCUCCCAUCGCUUCCAAUUGCUCUGACCUUAAAGUGCUCCAACCUGGAGGAAGGGAUUUCAAAGCUAUGAAACUGCCAAAAUGGAAAAAAAUUCAUUACAGAGCUCGCCUGGGACGCCGCCUUCUUGCUCCCACUGCGCCAAUUAAUUAACUUAGCCUUGCCAAGCGGUGGUUUUAUCAUCGCUGUUCCAAGGGCCCCAAAACAGCUUAUCUUGCAGACAUCGUCCCUCUUAAUUGAAUUGCCGCCACCUGCGUUCCCCCCCCCUUUUUCCAGUAAUAAAAUUUGCAAAGUCUUGGGAGGCUGGGAGGACAGGGCAUUUAAAUAAAAUAAAAUAAAAUAAAAUAAAGAAAUGCGUCUGCAGGCAAGCUACCUGUCUGGAGACAGGGAGAAGGAUUCCCUCUAGCCCCUUUAAUAUAGGUCAGUGAGAGAUUUUACUUUCUUGGGCUCCAUGAUCACUGCAGAUGGUGACAGCAGCCACAAAAUUAAGAGACGCCUGCUUCUUGGGAGAAAAGUGAUGGCAAACCUAGACAACAUCUUAAAAAGCAGAGACAUCACCUUGCCAACAAAGGUACGUAUAGUUAAAGCUCUGGUUUUCCCAGUAGUGAUGUAUGGAAGUGAGAGCUGGACCAUCAAGAAGGCUGAUUGCCAAAGAAUGGAUGCUUUUGAAUUUUGGUGCUGGAGGAGACUCUUGAGAGUCCCAUGGACUGCAAGAAGAUCCAACCUCUCCAUUCUUCGGGAAAUCAGCCCUGAGUGCUCACUGGAAGGACAGAUCCUGAAGCUGAGGCUCCAAGACUUUGGCCACCUCAUGAGAAGAGAAGACUCCCUGGAAAAGACCCUGAUGUUGGGAAAGAUGGAGGGCGCAAGGAGAAGGGGACAACGGAGGACGAGAUGGUGGGACAGUGUUCUCAAAGCUACCAGCAUGAGUCUGACCAAACUGCGGAAGGCAGUGGAAGACAGGAGUGCCUGGCGUGCUCUGGUCCAGGGGGCCACGAAGAGGCGGACUGGCUGUUGUCACCAUCUGCAGUGAUCAUGGAGCCCAAGAAAGUAAAAUCUCUCACUGCCUCCAUUUCUUCCCCUUCUAUUUGCCAGGAGGUGAUGGGCCCAGUGGCCAUGAUCUUCGUUUUUUUGAUGUUGAGCUUCAGACCAUAUUUUGCGCUCUCCUCUUUCAACCUCAUUAAAAGGUUCUUUAAUUCCUCUUCACUUUCUGCCAUCAAGGUUGUGUCAUCUGCAUAUCUGAGGUUGUUGAUAUUUCUUCCGGCAAUCUUAAUUCCGGCUUGGGAUUCAUCCAGCCCAGCCUUUCGCAUGAUGUCUAAUUCUAAUUCUAUGAUUCUGCAAUUCUUAUGUGUGUAAGAGGGGAGGGGAGUGUGUCAAGCAGGAGACGAGCGUGCGCCAAGCGUCCAUGCCAAGAAAGAAGGGGUGAGCGCGUGUGAAAGGGAAAGAGCCGAGUUCAAAUUUUGCUCUUCACCUGCUUCCCACCAGGGACUCGUUUCAGUGGAGAUCAAGGGGCGGCGAAGGAGGCUCUCAAGAGUUUGAACCUGACUGUGAAAGCGGGGCUCAGCAGCGUCCAAGAGAAGAGUAAGUGAUGGGAUGGGAGGAGCAGGAGGAGGUGCUGAUCCCCAGUGGUUAGAGCAGACUGCACAGAGACAUUGGGCAUCCUUUUAUUGGUCUGCUGCCUUUCCACAACCAAAGCCCUUUCACCCUGCACGUCAGCCACCAAAAAGCUCUCCCAAAAAGCUUGCAAAGGUGGUCUCUGUGCUUCGGCGUCUGAUCUGAAAGACGCGACACACAAGGAAAGAGGAUUGGGGAGGGAGGAGGAAAAAGAGAAGAAGCGCAAACAGGGAGUAGUUUUUCAUAUCGCCGCCGUGUUUCUGAUUCCAGGGAACAGCACCAGAACGAAACUGGCCAUGCUGGAGAAAACGAUGAACGACCAGGUUUCGAAGAUGGAGAAAGGUGGGUGGCCCCAUGAAUGAGAAUGCAAUACGUGGUGUGGGUGCGAAUCCCCCCCUCCCCGUCUCCUUUUUAAAAAAAAUCAUUUUUAUUAAUUUUCCAAUAAAAAACAUCCAAUUAAUAUAUCCGAUCAUAAUCCAAUUAAAAUAAAAAAGACCAAAUUAUAAUCCAAAUUAUAAUUAUUGAUUUUUCGGAGCUCCCCAUAGUCUGGACCUCUGAAGCAUAUCUCCACCUCUCAGUCCUGCCUCUCCUUGCUGUUUCCAUAUUUCCCACAUCUCGAUUUUAACGCUUUAAAAUUCUCCGUCCCCGGUGCCACGAUUCUCAAUCACGUCAGACAUCGUAUAUCCUUUUGUCGGUCGAAUACAGCUUUAUUUGUGUAUAUACAUUUUUCCAAUAGCUCCUUUGCACCUUGCUGCUUGCAAAAGGAUGCUUUGUAAUCUUGGUUGGCCAGGGGCGGGAAGAAAGUACACAGGAGCUCAGACCUUGGGCCUGGCAAACGGACACUUUGCAAGACCUGAGCUGCGCUGCUGGGAAAAGCAAAGUGUCCUUUGCUGAACGUGAGUUGCUGUGGCCUCAGAUCUCGCCAAGAGACCUGCGGCUCCACUGUGCUAGCUUGGGAGUUCGGUGGAGCCAGGGCCGUCUUACCAUAGCUGUCAAGCGUCCCUUAUUUGGCGGGACAGUCCCUUAUCCCAGCGCCGUGUCCUGCUGCUGUCCCUUGUUGAUGAUGUCCCUUAAAUUUCCCGGGUUUCAAAGGAAGCAGCUCCUCUCCCUCCCUCCCUGCCGGCCAGGGAGGAGGGAGGCUCCAACUGGGUUGCUUGGCUGCGUUGCUCACCCAAUAAGGAGUCUGAGAACGACUGGGGGGUGGAGCUUGCAUGCCUUGUGCCAAUCAAAUCGGCCGCCUUGCCUGGGGACUCGCCUUUGCUCAGCGCUUCCCAGCGGAGAGGCGACGGUGGUUUUCUUUGCUGCAUCCCCUUUGCCGGGUUGCUGCGCUGUGGGAACCACCGCUUGAGGCUUCGUUUGGCUGCUGGCUGGGCUUUCUGCCUUUGCCUCGGAGGGGCUCAGAAGUCGAACAUACCUGUGCCCUGAAAAUCCCUUAUUUUGGCUGCUGGUCCCUUAUUUUCGAGGCUGCUGGUCCCUUAUUUUCAAAUCUGUAAGUUGACAGCUAUGCGUCUUACCCGUAGGUGCUAGGGGUGCGGGGCACCCGGGCGCCGGGCUCUCAGGGGCGCCGGGCCAGGAGUCCAGGGCCGAGAUUUGGAGUCUGGGAUUGGGAAGAGUCGACAGCCGCUGCUGAGCCAAGCCAAGCCCGUCAGAGCACUGCAGCUCCUGCGCACCUGGGAUUGGCGCCCAGCGCGUGCUGCUCACAUGAAGCACCUGGCUUUGCUCAGUUGCCACUGUGAUAAGAAUUUUAAGGUCUUAAAUAUGUAAUAAAGGUAAAGGGACCCCUGACCAUUAGGUCCAGUCGUGGCCGACUCUGGGGUUGCGGCGCUCAUCUCGCUUUACAGGCCGAGGGAGCCGGCGUACAGCUUCCGGGUCAUGUGGCCAGCAUGACGAAGCCGCUUCUGGCGAACCAGAGCAGCGAACGGAAACGCCAUUUACCUUCCCGCCGGAGCAGUACCUAUUUAUCUACUUGCACUUUGACGUGCUUUCGAACUGCUAGGUUGGCAGGAGCAGGGACUGAGCAACGGAAGCUCACCCCGUCAUUGCGGGGAUUCGAACCGCCGACCUUCUGAUCGGCAAGUCCUAGGCUCUGUGGUUUAACCCACAGCGCCACCCGCGUCCCCAUAGAUAUGUAAUACACGUUAAUAAAUGUACCAAGCAAACACACACAUAAAUAUAUAAACCAUAUGUCUUAAAAUCCCACAGAAAAAAAGUCGUGAACAAAUUGACCUCAAUUAUUUCUCUGCAAGGUCAAAGUGGGAAACCUCCCCAUUGUCUUUUUCCUUCACAAAUCCUGUCUUAAGGGCACAUUUAAGAUAUGAAUAGGGUGUGAGCCUGUGACCUGGCCCAGGAACUAAGUAUUUAUCAUUACAAAAGACUGGCCAGGCUCCCCAGGCUAUCCAAUCAUUAAGCAGGUAACCUGCCAGAUAAACAAGUCACUCAGAUUUCUGCUGUAGACCGCCUUUUCUGUGAUGUAGGUAUGAUGUAUCUGGGGGGUGGUCUUAGGUUACACCCCUUCUGUGAUGUAUGUAUGAUGUAUGGAGGGGUGGUCUUGAGCUCCAGGGCAGGGAAUUAAAAUGCCUAUAUUGUUCUGGAUUCCUCCUCCCUCCUUCGACCUAAAAAAAGGUCGACAACUCUGGGCAACCUGGCGGGGGGGCACUGGGCAGAUCUUUGCACCCCGGUGCCGGCUUCCUCAAGGUGCUCAGGAUUUGGCCAGGAGGAAAGUGUGCAGCUCAGGGGCCCAGCUGCGACUCUCCCUCACUCCCUUUGCAAUACGCUCCUUUAUCCUCUGUCUUUUCUUCCAGUCAAGAAACAAGUCGAAGGCCAGUUGGACACCUUAAAGCAAGACUCGAGAGCUUUCCACUGUGAGCUAGUGGAGAUGAGAAGCAACGGUAAGGGAUCGCACAUUUAUUUCAUCUCCUUUAAAUAAAAGGACACAUUCUACUCAUGUAAAAACACGCUGAUUCCUGGACCGUCCGCGGGCCGGAUUGAGAAGGCGAUUGGGCCGGAUCCGGCCCCGGGGCCUUAGUUUGCCUCCCCAUGCUAUACUCUUGGAUACCCCAUAAGGGGGAAAGGAGCAGUUUUUUCUUAUAACAGUGCCGAAAACAUUUCCCGCCCCCCACAGGGGAGGGGGGUUAUGGGUGCAGCUCUUGCAAGCAGGUAACCACUCCUCAAACCUUUCCUCUCCCCUCCACCGUCCGCUAUAGGGAGCAAAACCGGGUGCUGCCCAAAAGGCUGGAAGGAUUUUGAGGACAGCUGCUAUUGGAAGUCUCAGGACACGGCUUCUUGGAACCAGGCCAAACUGGACUGCGAGAAGAAAGAGGCUCACCUGGUGAUCAUCAACUCGCCGCAAGAGAAAGUAGGUGGGGGGUGGGGGGCAAAGGGAGUCAGGCCCUUCGGUGUGGCUGGGGAUGUGCCAGUCCUUGAGAUGGGCACGACGGCACUUUUUCCUCUUUGCCUUUGGACACCCCCCCUUAGAUAAAUUCUCCCCACCUCACCGAACAACCCUUUACCCGAAGGUUUCUUUUCCUUUUGUAAUAAACAAAAACCUGCCCUUCUUCCCUUAUGGGGGACACAACAGCCCUAAUAAUAAUAAUAAUAAUAAUAAUAAUAAUAAUAAUUUAUUAUUUGUACCCCGCCCAUCUGGCGGCUUCCACAAAGACCAAAAAUACACUAAUAUGUCAUACAUUAAAAACUUCCCUGAACAGGGCUGAUUUAAGAUGUCUUCUGAAUGUCAGGUAGUUGUUUAUCUCUUUGACAUCCGAUGGGACGGCGUUCCACAGGGCGGGUGCCACCACCAAGAAGGCCCUCUGUCUGGUUCCCUGUAGCUUUGCUUCUCGCAAUGAGGGAACCGCCAGAAGGCCCUCGGAGCUGGACCUCAGUGUCUGGGCUGAACGAUGGGGGUGGAGAUGCUCCUUCAGGUCUACUGGGCCGAGGCCUUUGCAGGUUGUCCAUCGGUCGGAGAAGAUAACAGAGGCCAACCAGAGAAUAUUGAGAAGCAAAGCAGCUCGUAAGCCUGAUCUUUAUCUGUUGCAACAGGGUGCCCCCUUCACACUCUGGAGAAGGAGGUGGACCCCGAACAAAGGUGUGUCCCCCCCCUUAUAUAGACAUUUUAAAUUGUCCGCCCUGUAGCCCAAAACAUCAUACCUACAUCACAGAAGGAGGCGGUCUACAGCGGAAAUCCUGUCUGCCAGGAUACCUGAUAAUGGUCCCUGAUUGCUUUACCUGGGCAGCCUGGCCAUUCUUUUGUGAUGGUUAAUGCUUUCAUUCCUGAAUCUAGGCUCACCCUAUUCAGACACAAAUAAGCCCUUAACACAGGUAAGCAAAAGACAAUGGAGUCGUCCGCGACUGGACCUAAUGGUCAGGGGUACCUUUAUCUUUACUUUUUAUUCUCCUGUGAUGUAAGUCGUGGGCCCCGCCUGCUGGCCUGCUCCCUAAAAUACCACAGGUUUGCUCCUUUCUAUAUAUAGGGUGCCUACAUUCUGCAUGUUCAAACGGCUUGAGGUACCUAUGAGGUCCAUAAAUGACCAUAUGGCAUAUAUUCAACACAAAAAAACAGCGACAAUUUGUUAUUGGCAAAGGACAGCUGGACAUAGAAAGGGCCCCAUUACCUUCAGUGGCUUAGGGCUUCGUCAAACCCAAAUCCGGCCCUGUUCUCGCUAAUAAAGGGUUAACUCUGACUUUGAACGGUGUGAUUUAUUGCCUGCUUGCUCUUUGACAUGCAGCGACGUUUCUCCCCCCCCCCCCCCCAGAGAUUCGUGAGUCAGCGCUGGAGGUCCAGUGACAUGUGGAUCGGCCUGACGGACGUCACGGGAGUCUGGAAGUGGGUGGAUGGGACUUCUUACAUGCUCCAGCAAGAGUGAGUUUGAUGCCCCACGCACAGACGCUCCACCCAACCCUCUGCAGUGCUGUCAUCGCAGCUAAAGAAAUCCCCCAAAAGCAAGGAAGAAUUGCAUCCCAAAAGCAAGGAAUGAUUGGACUCUGAUUAAUAAAAUACACACAAGGCUUGACCAGCAAGACUCUGGGAGAAAGUGCCAAUAAUACUACUACUACUACUAAUAAUUUAUUAUUUAUACCCCGCCCAUCUGGCUGGGUUUCCCUAGCCACUCUGGUCGGCUUCCAACAAAAUAUUAAAAUACAGUAAUGCAUCAAAUAUUAAAAGCUUCCCUAAACAGGGCUGCCUUCAGAUGUCUUCUAAAAGUUUGGUAGUUAUUUUUCUCUUUGACAUCUGGUGGGAGGGAGUUCCACAGGGCGGGUGCCACCACCGAGAAGGCCCUCUGCCUGGUUCCCUGUAACUUGGCUUCUCACAGUGAGGGAAACGCCAGAAGGCCCUCGGAGCUGGACGAUGGGGGCGGAGACGCUCCUUCAGAUAAACUGGACCGAGGCCGUUUAGGGCUUUCAAGGUCAGCACCAACACUUUGAAUUGUGCUCGGAAACGCCAAAGAUAACAUUCAAUUUUUAAUCUUUGUUGGAAGCCACCCAGAGUGGCUGGGGAAACCCAGCCAGAUGGGCUGGGUACAAAUAAAUUAUUAUUAUUAUUAUUAUUAUUAUUAUUAUUAUUAUUACUUCUGCAGCACACCAAUCUAGCAUAUGGCGGCUAUUCCCAGCUCUGUGCUUUAUGGCAAAGUUGCAGCUACAGGGGAUGAUUCCCAUUCUGCCAGUUUAUACACCUACCCCUGGCGGGCUGUGUUCCUGCAGCCGGAGACGACGCCCUCCUGGAAAAGUCCUCUGCUCUUUACUUUUCAUUCCGCCUCUGGCUCUGCUGCAGGAGAGGAUGGGCAGCGCCUGGUCCUACACUUUCCUGGCCUGCCUCUUCUUCCAACCCCUCCACCCUCCCGCUCUGAAACUUCCCCCAACCCCUGAUUCUUGCCUCCUGGCCGGCACAGUUCCCCACAAACCACCCCCCUCUCUCCCCAGUCAGACUCCAGCCCCCUGCCCUAACGCACACUAUCCUCAGCAUCCUGCCUCAGGGCUCAGCUUAUGUUCAGAAAGAAAGAAAGAAAGAAAGAAGAAAGAAGGACUAUAUCUCACUUUUACAGAGCGUUCCAAGAAAGGCAAUUUGCAUUGUGCGUUUAAAUUCUGGAUGCGGAGAUUUUAACGCCCGUGUAAUUUAUUCUCAUGCUCGUAAGCUGCUUAGACUGUUUUGGCACUAAUAAUUAAUGCCGGAAUCCUUCUGUCUCAGGAGAAAAUGUAUUUGUGUACUUUUGGGGGUGAAGUCUUGUACCUAUGGGGCCGCCUCUCCUGGUAUGUCCCACGGAGGACCUUAUGGCCUUCAACUAAAAACAUCUUGGAGGUCCCGGGCCACAGGGAGGUUAGGCUGGCCUCGACCAGAGCCAGGGCCUUUUCGGCUGUGGCCCCGAUCUGGUGGAACGCUCUGUCACAAGAGACCAGGGCCCUGCGGGACUUGACAUCUUUCCGCAGGGCCUGCAAGACAGAGCUGUUCCACCAGACCUUUGGCCAAGGCACAGUCUGACCCCCUCCUUUGGCAAUCCUCACAGAACUCUAGCCCAAUGGUUGCCAUCAAUUUGAUUUUGAAUUGAUUUUAAAAUUAAUUGAUUUUAGAAUGUAUUCCAAUUAAUUGAUUGUGAUUUUAUGUAAACUGUGUUAUUUUUACUGUUGUUACGAUGGGGGUGGAGCCGCUCCUUCAAGGAUACUGGGUCUUUGAGGCCAUUUAGGGCUUUCAAGGUCAGCACCAACACUUUGAAUUGUGCUCGGAAACGUACUGGGAGCCAAUGUAGGUCUUUGUGGUCUCAGCGGCUGCUCCCAGUCACCAGUCUAGCUGCCGCAUUCUGGAUUAGUUGUAGUUUCCGGGUCACCUUCAAAGGUAGACCCACGUAGAGCGCAUGGCAGUAGUCCAAGCGUGACUGUAAAACUCUAAGUAAAAGAACUUGCUAGUGCAAAUUAAAGGUAAAGGUAAAGGGCCCCUGACCAUUAGGUCCAGUCAUGGCCAACUCUGAUGUUAUUGGAGCUCAUCUCGCUUUACUGGCCGAGGGAGCCGGCGUUCAGCUUCCGGGCCAUGUGGCCAGCAUGACUAAACCGCUUCUGGCGAACCAGAGCAGCACAUGGAAACGCUGUUCACCUUCCCACCGGAGCGGUACCUCUUUAUCUACUUGCACUGGUGUGCUUUUGAACUGCUAGGUUGGCAGGAGCAGGGACCGAGCAACGGGAGCUCACCCCGUUGCGGGGAUUCGAACCACUGACCUUCUGAUCGGCAAGCCCUAGGCUCUGUGGUUUAACCCACAGUGCCACCCGCGUCCCUAGCACACGUUAGGAAGAAUAGUAAAAAACAAUAUAUCCUCUCCUGCCUUCCUGAACAUUCCCACACAGAGAUCCUUUACCUUUACCUUUUUUUACCUAAAUCGGAGAACAACAUCUCUAUAGCAUCGUGUAUUUUAUAGUAUAGUAUAGUGUAUUUUAAAAUGGGGUUUCAGAGUUUUUAGGGGUUUUUGAAUGUUUUAUGUAGUUUUUCAAUUUCAUUGUUCUGUAUGGGACAAUGACAAUAAAGAUAUCGUAUCGUAUCGUAUCGUAUAUCGUAACGACGAUAUAACGACUCAUUAAAUGUCUUCCCCAUCCCUCCUUUCAAGAACACUGCAAAUGAUGGAUUUUUCCGUUCUGUUGUUUUAGGGACUGGGGUGAAGGUCAGCCGGACCACUGGUACGGCCACGGACUGGGAGGCGGAGAGGACUGUGUCCAAGCUUAUUCCAAUGGCCUUUGGAACGACAACCACUGCUCUCGCCGGUUCCCUUGGAUGUGCGAGAUGGAGCUGGGCCUCUAAAGGAAACAGGAAGGAAGUUGGUACCUUUACACACAUGUGGUGGUACUGCGCCAAGAUAAGAGAAUUUGGGGACAUAAUAUACAAGGAACUCAAAAAGAUCUUCAAAUUCUCGUUUCGGGGGAAAAACCUGAAGCCUUUUUGUUAGGUAUUAUGUCCACUGAUCUACAAAAAACCCCACAGAACCCUCUUUAUGCACGCAGCCACAGCGGCAAGGAUUUUGAUAGCAAAAAAAUUGGAAAGGCGAUGUCAUCUGUACAAAAACUGAUUGGCAAGCAAAGACGAUAAAAUAUUCGGAACUUGCAAGGAUGACUGGGAGAAUAAGAGGAAAUUCCGGCCGGAAAUUUAGUAAAGAUUGGAUAACGUUUAAAGAAUAUCUUUAAAAGUACUGUAAUUACACAAAUCUCCUGACAGAUUAGGACUGGAGAUUAGGAUUGGAGUUUAAGGAAAUUAUAAAGUGAAAAUUUCUACUGAUAAUUAAUGGGAAAGAAUAAUAAAAAUGAAGUUGCCUAUAGACUAGUAAGAUAUAAAAAGCACAAUGAGGUGAAUUGGAAGUUAAAGGGUACAUAAUGUCAAAUGACGUGUUGUUAGUCAGUGUCUAUGGUCUGUUUAUGUUGUUUGUCAUUUUGUUUAUGUUCUAUGUAAAUUGUUUUGUAAUAAAGAAUCUUUAAAUAUAAAUGAAUAGAGGAAACAGGAAGGUUCCCUCCACAAAACCUAGUUCUGUCACUCUGACACGGAGAGUUCCAUACAAGUGAUUUCUUUUCUAGUUGUAUUUAUGCUCUCUUUUUUGGAAAUCAUUUCAAAUACAAAAUUUAAGCAAGCCAAAUACAUCUCAAUCUCUGAAUCUCAAUACUUCCCCCACCCUCCGUGGAUCUCGUUCUCAACUUUUAUAACUGCAUAUUAUUCCAUAAUCUAUAUUUUAUAUCAAUCCAUAUUAUCCAUGGUAAUUGUUAUACUACAAGGGAAAUUAAAAUCCUGCUAGUGUUUCCACCUGCUUGCAGGGGUCUCCUAAAUAAUAAUAAUAAUAAUAAUAAUUUUUUAUUUAUACCCCGCCCUUCCCAGUUCAAAAACCGGGCUCAGGGUGGCUAACAACAAAUUUAAAACACUUAAUUAUAAAAGCAGCAUAAAAUAUAGUUUAAAAACAUGAAUGACAAUAAAAUUCAAAAAUCAAUUUAGGGGAAAUAAGCAUUAGAGAAUCCCCAGGACUAGCUGGCUGAAUUGGUCCUACUUGGGCCAGCGAGGAGACCAGGAGAGAAUUAGCUGUGGGAUCCCAGAGCGGGUGAUCUUCAUAAAAAGGGAAGGAAGAGGAAUAAAAGAUCAGGCUGGAUUCGAAUUAAAGACCAGGCGGAAUAGCUCUGUCUUACAGGCCCAACGGAAGGAGGUUAAAUCCCGCAGGGCCCUGGUCUCAUGGGACAGAGCAUUCCACCAGGUCGGAGCCACCACUGAGAAGGCCCUGGUGGAGGAUAGUCUGACUUCCUUAGGGCCCGGGACCUCUAAUCUAUAAUUAUUCAUGGACCUUAAGGUCCUCGGCUUGUAAUUUUUCCCCAUUUUUAUUAAAAGUUCUGGUCUUCUUGUUUCCUGAGUUUUCCAGUCACCUUUGUAGUUCAUCAGCUUCACUUGACAUUCCUCUCUUGCCAUUCUUCUUUCCAUCUCUGGCCUAGUAGCAUCUGAGGGGCUGUUGUCCCAUACAUAAAAAGUCCUUUCUGCUCCUUUGGUAUAUCGGUACCUAUAAUUCCUAAUAAAAAAGCUUCUGGUUUUUUAACAGUUUAUUUCAUUUAAAAAAAUUUCAUUUCAUUAUAUAUCAUCUCCCAGAAAGCUUUAAUUACCUUAUGCCAGGCAUAGGCAAAGUCCAGCCCUCCAGAUGUUCGGGACUACAAUUCCCAUCAUCCCUGACCGCUGGUCCUGUGAGCUAGGGAUGAUGGGAAUUGUAGUCCCAAACAUCUGGAGGGCUGGAGUUUGCCUAUGCCUGCCUUACACGACCACCACAUAUGAUAAAAGGUACAUUCCUUUCUCUUUACAUUUGAUUUAUUUAUGCUUCCAUGCCGCAACCAACCGCUUUUUCCUCCUUUAAGUUCCUCCUUGACGGUCACCUUGUCCGGGAAAAGCCUUUGAUUGAUCACCCUACUAGUCCUCAUUGUAACUGAAGAUGGAGACGUCAUGGUUGGCUUUUAUACGGCUUAGGACCCAUGUACCUACGGGACCUGGUAUGUCCCACGGAGGACCUUAUGGUCUUCAAAUAAAAACAUCCUGGAGGUCCCGGGCCACAGGGAGGUUAGGCUGGCCUCAACCAGAACCAGGGCCUUUUCGGCUGUGGCCCCGAUCUGGUGGAACGCUCUGUCCCAAGAGACUAGGGCCCUGCGGGACUUGACAUCUUUCCGCAGGGCCAGCAAGACGGAGCUGUUCCGCCUGGCCUUUGGCCAGGGCACAGUCUGACCCCCUCCUCACAGAUGGCCCAAUUGCCAUUAAUUUGAUUCUGAAUUGAUUUUAGAAUGAAUUGAUUUUAGAAUGUAUUUCAAUUAAUUGAUUGUGAUUUUAUGUAAACUGUCUUACUUUUAUUGUUGUUAGCCGCUCUGAGCCCGGCUUCGGCUGGGGAGGGUGGGAUAUAAAUAAAACUUUAUUAUUAGUAUUAGUAUUAUUUAUACCCCGCCCUCCCCAGCCAAGACCGGGCUCAGGGCGGCUAACACCAGCUAUAAAAACAAUUGAUUAAAAUACAACUUAAAAACAAGAUUAAAAAACAACAUUAAAAUGCAGCCUCAUUCUGUAGAAACACAAAUCAAAUCAUAUAAAGUGCCUGGAAGUUCUAGUUCUUGUCGAAAUCUCAAAUUACAUGUAAUUCCCCGUACAUUUUCGCCCUGCCCCAGAAUGAGUUGUGUUAAAAUUGUUAUUUCUUUUUUUACUGAGUUGCAGUCACUGCCAAGAUCAUAUGCGAAACCAAUUCUUUUGACAAAAUUCCGCGUCGUCGAAAAUACCCAUUAAUUUUGUACCGUGAGCGAUUGCUUCUUUAGCGAGAUUUGCCGUUUCUGCUAGAAUUAAAUUGGACCUGGCCGCCAUUGGCCGCCUGCAUUUCCUGGUCCGCUAUUGGCCGAGGGGCUUGCGCGUGUCAUGGAAUGUUCAUGGGCUUUCCGACUGGGGAAGAUUCACACAAGACCAAUGCGAUCCUGUGCAUUCACCAUUAGGCAGAGACCUGACUUUCCCUUUUAAUACAUAAAACAGAAAAUAUAUCUUGUUGUGAAGACAGAAUAACUGAGAUGAGGCAGGUCUGAGGCCCCGGCCCCAAGGGCAGAAAAUCUGCACGUUAUGAACCUAAAUAAAUGCUUUUUUUAAUCUUACAACCAAGUUCUGUUUGAUUUUAUGCAAUAGAUAAAUGAAAAUAAACAAACCUACGGUUAUACAGGAAAUCAACUGUAUCUUUUACGAAAACAAAUAAAGCAUGAUGAGAUUAUCUUCCA